CGUACGCCAAAAUUAAAAUUGAAGAAGGCCUCUCGGAUGCCGUUGUUUGUUCUCACGAUUCGCGCAAUUUUUCUUUAAGUUUUAAUUCGUCUGUUGUUAUAUUAUCAUAAUAUUACAUUACAAUAACCAAAUUUUAGAUAAGUUACGCAAUAUUUCUCAAUAAACCCAAGCAAACUUUGAUAUCUGUAUAUUGGUAGGCUAUGCAUGUCAAACGCACCAACGCGCGCGCGCGUUAUUUGCAACCAAAUAUGCAGUGAGAUUGGUGGAAUUACCAUAUUUCUUUGUUUUGUAUUAAGAAUUAUUAACUGUUCUCUUUGCGGAGAUAGUAGUAUAAGUUAUUUGUGAUAAGUGAGUACCUUUUACGUUAAAAAUGGAUGUAGCCGACACCUACGCCACACAAAGCCAAGUCAAAGACGAGGUCGGAGUUCGUUGCCAAAAGCUUUUUCAGGAUUUCUUAGAAGAGUUCAAAGAAGACAAUGAACUGAAAUACGAGAAAAACGCAAAAGAACUCUUAAAACCUGAACUGAGUACAUUAGAAGUCAGUUUUGAUGAUGUUGAGAAGUACAAUCAGAACUUAGCAACUACUAUAAUUGAGGAAUAUUACCGAAUAUACCCAUUUUUGAAUCAAGCUAUAUUGAAUUAUGUGUUGAGUCUUGCUGAUAGCAGUGAGAAGAAGGAUCUGCAGGAUAAGGAGUGCUAUGUUUCGUUUGUUGAUGUUCCUACAAGGCAUAAAGUGAGGGAGUUGACUACGGCUAAGAUUGGCACGUUGAUAAGAAUCUCAGGACAGAUUGUAAGAACCCACCCUGUGCAUCCCGAGCUGGUCUUGGGCACAUUUGUAUGUUUGGAUUGUCAGACGGUCAUUAAAAAUGUUGAACAGCAGUUUAAGUACACAAUCCCAGCGAUCUGUCGAAACCCAGUAUGUGCUAACAGGCGACGUUUUAUGUUGGACGCAGAUAAGUCUGUGUUUGUGGACUUCCAAAAAGUCCGCAUUCAAGAGACACAAGCUGAGUUACCAAGAGGUUGCAUACCUCGCUCUUUGGAAGUUAUAUUGAGAGCUGAAGCUGUAGAAUCUGUGCAGGCUGGUGACCGAUAUGACUUCACUGGUACUCUCAUAGUAGUCCCUGAUGUGGGCUCUCUAUCAUUACCGGGAGCUAAAGCUGAACUAACCACCAGGACGAGACAGGGAAAUGAGGGUCAAAUGGAGGGCAUCAAGGGUCUUAAAGCUUUGGGAGUCAGGGAACUGCAUUACAAAACCGCUUUCCUAGCAUGCAGUGUGCAGGCAAUAUCUCGAAGGUUUGGUACUGCUGAGAUGGCCACCGAUGACCUGACAACUGAGGAUAUGAGGAAGCAGAUGACUGACAAGGAAUGGGAUAAGGUAUAUGAGAUGUCCCGUGACCGCAAUCUGUACAACAAUCUGAUUACCAGCCUGUUUCCCAGUAUCCAUGGCAACAAUGAAGUGAAGAGAGGAAUAUUACUCAUGUUGUUUGGUGGAGUCGCUAAAACUACCAUUGAAGGUACAACGCUUCGAGGCGACAUAAACGUUUGCAUAGUAGGCGACCCGAGCACUGCCAAGUCGCAGCUGCUGAAGCAAGUGAGCGAGAUCACCCCGCGCGCGGUGUACACCAGCGGCAAGGCCUCGUCUGCCGCCGGCCUCACUGCUGCCGUCGUUAAGGACGAAGAAUCUUUCGACUUCGUGAUCGAGGCGGGCGCGUUGAUGUUGGCCGACAACGGCGUCUGCUGCAUCGACGAGUUCGACAAGAUGGAUCUCGUCGACCAGGUGGCCAUCCACGAGGCCAUGGAACAGCAGACCAUAUCUAUCGCUAAGGCCGGAGUGAGGGCAACAUUAAACGCACGUACAUCGAUCCUUGCAGCCGCAAACCCAAUAGGAGGUCGAUACGAACGAGCAAAAUCCCUUCAGCAAAACGUAGCCCUAAGUGCUCCUAUCAUGUCUCGUUUCGAUCUAUUCUUCAUAUUAAUAGACGAAAGCAGUGAAAUGGUGGACUAUGCUAUAGCCAGGAAGAUUGUAGAUCUGCAUUGUAAUAAGGAGGAAACUUAUGAUUGUGUUUAUACGAGGGAGGAUUUGUUGCGGUACAUCGCCUUUGCAAGGUCUUUCAAGCCUAUUAUCACUGAGGAGGCCGGCAAACUCCUAGUGGAGUACUACACAGUGCUGCGUCAGCGUGACGGCGGCGGCGCGGGCGGCGGCGGCGCGUGGCGCAUCACGGUGCGGCAGCUCGAGUCCAUGGUGCGGCUGGCCGAGGCCAUGGCCAAGAUGCACUGCAGCGGACACGUCACGCCGCAGCACGUGCAUGAGGCAUACAGAUUACUGAACAAGUCUAUCAUCCGGGUUGAGCAGCCAGACAUCCAUUUGGAUGAAGAUGACCCACAGUACGAGCCGAGCAUGGAUGUUGAUCAAGAAAUACCUAAUGGUGGCACUGAAUCUGCAGUGAACGGCGACUCAGCUCCUAAGAAGAAACUCACGCUGUCGUUUGAAGAAUACAAAUCACUCAGUGACAUGCUUGUCGUGUUUAUGAGGAAGGAAGAAAUUGAAGCAGAAACUAGAGGUGAAGAAAGUGCGGGUAUGCGCAAGAGUGCGGUGGUGAGCUGGUACUUGGAACAGCUGGUCGGCCAAGGUCAGAUCGAGAAUGAAGACGAAUUGCUGGAGAGGAAAACCUUGGUCGAGAAGGUCAUUGACAGGCUCAUGUAUCAUGACCAAGUCAUAAUCCCACUGUCAACCACUGGUCUCAAGGCAUCACAGAAAUCAUCAGAUCAAGAAGUUGAAGACGACCCAUUGCUAGUAGUGCAUCCAAACUAUGUUGUUGAUACGUAGACAUUCCCUCAUUUAAGUCCAUCUUUUUUAUAUUAAAGUUUUUCAAUCAA